AUGCAUGUUUGGUCCUUUGAAAUAGGUCUUUUGGAGCAUUUGGAGCAUAAGGAGCAUGGAGGGACUUGGCACAUGGAAGCAGCUCAACUGGAUACGCAAAGGAAGAAGGGAGAAGCCAUCUUGAAGACCAGCUCGACCGUCUACUCGACCAACCGGUCGAGUUCCUCAACUCGACCGGCCAAGCUUCAACUCGAUCGAGCUGAGAAGUCAAAGUCAAACCCGAAAAAUGUUGCUUCCCCCUUGACUUUCCUUUGA